AUGAUGAAAAAGAAGAAAAAAUGCACAAGAUUAAGUAAUUGUUCCUUCAACCAAUUUAAAGAGGAUAUUGACUUCCUUAAAGAGGCAGAUGCAAUUUUAGACGAUGACAUAUUUUUAAUUUUGAAAAGACUUUGUUCCUAUCUCUUUUUCUGCGUUAAGAAUGACAAUUUUGAAUUUGUAAAAAAUUAUGAAAAUUCGAAAAAGGCAGGAUCCGAAGAGACGAAUGAAGGAAAAAACAGAAAAGAAAAAAAUAAUGAAACGAUGCAAAUGAAUGAAUUUUCUUUGUGUACAGAUGAAACCACAGUGAAUUACAACUUUGAUGAAGGAGAUUUUAUAAUAAUAAAAAAUAUUAACAGACUCUUAGUAAAUGAACUAAUAGAAAACUAUGUUGGUUAUUCUUGGCUAUGCUUAAUUUUGACAAAGUAUUUAAACGACAUUGAUGUGCUAACAAAAAAGAGAGCUAAAAAUGACAAGGAUGAAGAAAAAAAAAGGGAAAUGAAGGAAAAAAAAAAAGUAUACAAAAUUGUUAAGAAAAUUACACAUUUGAAAACGAGGGAACGGAUACAAAGUUGUCAUACUAGUAGAACAAAUAGUGAGAAAAAUAGAACUAAUAAUAAAAUUGAAGAAAAAAAUAAAUAUAUAAAUUAUCUCUUCUGCUAUUAUAACAAAUUUUUCAUUUCGUCAAAUGUUAGAAACACGGAAAACUUUGGAAAAAAUGCUGACAAGGAAGAUGUUAUACUUCUAAAUGAUUGUGACAAUGAUUAUCAAUGGAUAUACAGUGAUGGCGAAAGUGUUAUGAAUCAAAACGAGCAAAAAAACAGUGAAAUGAAAAGAGGAACCAUAAAAUUGGAAAAACAUCAUUCCUCUGUUGUAAACGGACAAUCAUUUCUAGACGAAAAGAAUAUUUUGAGAAAAACGAGAAUCGAAGAUGGAAAACUUGUAACAGAAAAAAAUUUCAUCCCAUUUCCAAUUAAAGCAAAUGUACAUAUAAAUCUAAAAGGAAGACAAAACAGUUUUAGUACACAAAAAGAGGGGAAAAACACAACGGUGAGUAUGCAAACUAGGAGAAAUAACCCUCUUGAUGAUCACCUGAAUAUCAGCAGUGAGAUGGAUCAUCAUAUGGAUUAUGAACAAAUUUGUGACAUUCCAUUAGUUCCAGAGGGAGAUACUUACAGUUAUGACUCACAGGAGGAAUGUCAGUUUCCGCAAAAAUUGGGAUUGUGCUUGGGGGGGUACGUAGAUUUGGAGGCUAGGAAGAGAACUGAGGAAAACAGCGGACGCAAAGUGAUCGAAAGGAGUGCAGGAGGUGCAUUAAGCGAAAGAAGUGGCAGAAGAAGGGAAAAAUUGUGUGGAGAAAAACUACACGAAAGGGAGUUCAAGAAGGUGCACGAAAAACGGCUUAAAAAGGGGCAUGAAAAAUGGCUUAAAAGGGUGCACAAUAGACGGCGCAAAAAAAGACACGAAAGAGAGCGAGGUAAGUACCACAAAAGAAGGCACAAAAAAAAGGGGAACAGGAGGAGAGACUCCAUUGAAUGCAACGAUUUGCAACAUUUAUACAAAGCCCUCUGUGACUUCUUGUCCACAAAAUACGAAACUAGAAAGUUACUCAAGUUCAUGGACGAGUAUAGAGAAAUGUAUGCAUGGAAACCACCAUCCUUUUAUUGGAAGAUAUUAAGCAGUAAAUAUGUGGUAAAAGAAAUACUAAAAUUAUAUGGGGACAGAUAUUUAGACCCAUUUUUGUCGUGUCUUUAUGAAGACUUUGUUAAUAAGUACUAUUUCGAUGAUAAAGAAAAUAAUAACAUUGCUACGUAUACAAGUAAUUUUAAUGUAUUCACACUUAGAAUAAGUGAAGAAAUACAGAAAUUUCUUCUUUUAGAAGAACCAGAAGAGGAAGAAUCAAUUUUAAGUAUAUGCAAAAAUAUAUGCAUUAGCGAAAAUUCGUACAUAUAUGCACAAUUAAUACUUGAAUAUAUAUACAGGAACAAUAAUGAUAAUAGUAUGAGAAGAUUAUCACAAUAUUUGUGUCUCUAUAUUCUCUAUAAAGAUAUCAAUAUACAUAGAACAAUCAAUAAUUAUUUCACAAAAGUCGUAGAAAAUGAAGUUAGCAUCACCUUUUUAAGUUAUAAAAUUAAUAAUUUACAUAAUUAUAGUGCACUAUACAAUACUUUUAGAAAUAUAUACAUGGCAAGGAAUAAGGGAUCUAUGGAUAUAAACCAUUAUGAUAUUCUCAAUUUGCAUGAUUCUAUAUUGAAAAUUUUGAAAACAUUCAACGGAAACAAAUUGUUAUUGUUUGAUUCCACAUACUUGUUUGAUUCGAAAAGUAAUCAUCGUUGUCGUGAUCUGAAGAAGAAUCGAGGGUCUACAACAACACUAGCUCAUAGCAACCUGCGCGAGGCUUUUUCAUUAGCCGCUGAGGACAUAGAACAUGAAAAAUGCAAUAAGGGUGAUAAAAAUGAAAAAAAAAAGAAAAAAGAAGAAAAAAUGAUCUCAGAAGAUUUAUACAAAAGUAAGAAAAAGUUCUCUCCCUAUUACCAUCGCACAGAAGACACAGAUUUCAACUCCAAUUUUUCGGAUAUUAAUAGAAGUAAUUUGGAUAAAGUAUGUAGACGUGGUGAGGAGGUAACACAUGGAAAAGGCGAUUGCACACCUCCUAGGUUAUUCCCUUCUGCAAGUACAGAUGAGAAUAAAUGUUUUCCAAAUAUAGAAGAAGUAAAUAAUGGAAGAGAGAAUAUAACUCCAAGUGGCGAAGAGUACAAUGGAAGAAGUAGCUUCAUUGAUAGUAGCCUUGAUAAUAUAUUGAAGGAGAGAAAAAUUGAUCAUAGUAAUGGAAAUACUGAAAUGAAUGAAAAUCAAACGAAUAGAUCAAAUCAGAGUGGUAAGAAAAUGAGUAACGAAAUUUAUAGUGCAAUCAGAUCCGAUGAUUUCUUAUCGAAUGCAAAUUCUGAUAAUAAUGCAUCUGAAACAAGGACAGGAAAUACAAGAGAUGCAGAUAGCGAAUUUUUACUACCCUCAGCGUCACAAUAUGGAAACAGAGAUUUUAAUUAUAAUAAAGAAUUUCUUAGGAUAAAUAUCUAUGCAGAAAAAAUGCCAAUUAUUCAUAUGAGAGAUAUCUUAUUCAUUAAUAAUAUUAUAAAUAUUUAUGUUACGAAUAAUCAGCUUUUUUCUAAUAAUAUGUACAAAAUAUACGGAAAAGUGCUAAUCUUCUUAACUACUUAUUCCCCCUAUGAGUAUGUGUACAGUCACUAUUAUUCUUCCCUCAUCAUGAACAGAGGAGAUCUUGACUCUAGGAAAUACUCCAGUGCAUACUUUAAUGUUUAUGACGACACGGUUUCUGCGUUGGACGAGGGCGGACACGAAGUUGACGAAGAGGAAGCGGAGCAGGAGGAGGAAGAUGACGAAUAUGACGAAUGUGACGAAUGUGACGAAUGUGACGAAUGUGACGAAGAAGAUGGAGAGGAAAAUGGAGAACAUGACGAAUAUAGCGAAUAUGGCGAAUAUGACGAAUAUGGCGAAUAUGAUGAAUAUGGCGACUGUGAUUACAACUGUAACCGCGACAACCAGCGCGACUACCAGCGCGACCACGAUAGGGAGGAUGACCCCAUGGAAGACGAUACAAGCCUGCAAUCAGAAACGAAUGAAAGUGCACACAAAAACGCAGGGGGACAAAAGAAAAAAGGCAAAAGAACAUACAAACAAUUCUGCAAAAUGAAAAAAGAAACAGGAAAAACCAAAUCUAUACUAAAGGGAGGAAGUGAUUACAUAAAGGAAAAUAGCAAAACAUCAACUGAAAAGAGACGUCGAUUUUUGGACGAAUCUGCGCUGGAUGAUGCCGUAGGUGAGGCAGAAGCAGUUCAAACCAGCAGUGAUAUGAGCAAGCGAGAAAUAAAUAAGGUCGAGUUUGUAAAUAGUGAUAAGGGGGAAGAACAACAGGUGGAUUCAGAAAAGGAGAAAACGCAUCUAGAUGUCUCAGAAAAAGAGCAAUUUUUUAACAUAACAGAAAAAAGUCGUUGGAUUUCUCAUAUGGAAAAUAUGACCGAAGACGCUAAGAGAAAAGAGACGGAUGAUGAUUGCCAAAUGAGGAGAAUUCCUCCUUAUCCUAAUGGAUUAGCACAGCAUGAGAAUAAUAACAAAAUAAAUGGAAGUAGUGAAAAUGCGCUAGCAAAAAUAGAACAAGUAAAUGAGACUUCUCUGCUUGAGAUAGUUAACAACAAGGAAGACUUUGCUGAAAGUGGAGAAAUUGGAUUUUUCACAACGAUACAAGAAAAUUCAUCAAGGGAGAAAUAUAAAAAUUGGCUAUCUCAAAAUGAUGAAAUAAAAAAGGUUGAGAAUAUAAAUCCUGAAUCUACGAAGGAUACAUUAAAUGGUUGUAGCAAAACAAAUAUUAUAGAAUCAUCAGAAUUGAAAAAUUCCACAGGAGAAAUGCUACUACCACUAAGUCAUCAAGCGAAUUAUACAGACAUAAUGAACAAUGUCAAGUAUGCAGAUGAUAUCAUUGAACUGAGAACAGAGAUUAUGUCAUGUGAUGAAGUAAAAAGUAGCAUUUUUAAAAAUGUCAAAACCCAAAAGAAAUUAAAAAUAAAUAAAAUAAAUAAAAAGAAAAAAUAUUAUUUUUACAAAUUAUUUCAAAAAUUUAGAAUAUCCUAUAACAAUUUCCUCAAAUAUACACAAAAUGAAAUAUAUCAUAUAUAUCAUAUUAUGCAUGGGAACUAUUCUGACUCAACUAAAGAUAAACUCCUAUUGGCCAGAGUGAACAGUAACUUAGCAGCAUCAAUAAUUUACAAAUAUGUCUAUAAUCAUGUGUACGACCAUCUUAAUUCUUCACAUAUUAAUUUAAUAUAUCCAAAAUUAAUUCUCCUCAAGCACAUUGUUGAUAAGUACCCACAAAAGAGGCAUCUCGCUCUGCAUUUUUUGAAGGAGUUGUAUACGUAUAUAAUAGAAAAGGAGAACGCCCUAGAAGAAUAUGUCUAUCUGCGGGAAAACCUCAUUUUGUUUUUUGUCUAUUUUAUUAGAUUUGAAAAUAUGUUUUGCUACGUGCUGAAAAUCAUUAAGUCCAUGGUGCAUCUGCUGGACAAAUCCCUAAUCAGGUUGUUCAUAAUAAAAACCCUGACUUACUGUGCCCCCCCUUACGAUUUUAAAUUUUGCCAUCGCUUGUUGAGCUUUAUUUAUUCCGUUCUCAAAAAAGAGGGUAUAUAUUACAAGGACGAAUUCAAAAGGGUCUUAAAUAAAUUUCUUGAGGAUGUUGAGGAAAUGCACAGGAUGUAUCAAAAUUCGAAGACAAGGAAGCUUUCUGUGUUGAUAAGUUACGUCAGGGAACAGAUGAUGAGAUCAGAAAAUGACUCAGGCGUGCACUGA